GGAUUUCAGUCUCAUUCGCAAGGACGCGUCUUUACAUGGAACCGUUCAGGAGUCAUCGGCCUCACUUCUAGAGUUCUUGCAUGUCGUGCUUGCGAUGAGUCCAACCUCCGCCCAUGAUGUACGCUGCAUGAUGCAAUCCCUCGCUUGCCUACUGCGACCGUCCUUUUUAAAUCUGCUGUUCCAGUACCGGCGCCUAUUCCAUGCUCUAGCCGUCCAGGAGCUUAACAAAGUCGCAGUCGUUCCCAUCAUCAUAUCCUGGGUGGACGCUGUCCUUGCAAGACUCGGAGACGUGGUUUCAUUUGUCGCGAGCGCUAUGCAUGAUCGCUACUUCGACGAUAAGCUUCCUGAAGCUUUGAGGAAACGAAGAGAGGAAGAUAAUCUACGGGCUGCGGCUCAGCUCCCAGAUAGGUGGGAUUCUGUCCCGUCGAUACUGACAUCUGAAAAGGCUUCACCUGCCGCAAAGCGCUUGGCCCUUCGCUUGUUGGUCUCGCGAUAUGUAUUGCAACCCCAGUUGACUCUUCAUCCAAGGGCUGCUGACGUACCACUGGAUGACAGUAUGGUGUCGCUACUUCCCUAUCUCACAGACUUUAUGCAACACACUGUGGUGCAACUCUCAGAGUGCUCCCCACUACACGCGCAACACCAAUCUGCAUUUCAGGAGCGCAUGAAUUGUGCGAUGCUGCUCUCACUAUUCGCUCUCGUGGACUUUACGAUAAGUGCAAAAGAUCCAGAAACAGACGUUCCAUUUCGACCUUACACGCUAGCGACAGUGAUGAGACUGUUACGUUUUGUAAUGCUUGUCGACAACAAGCUUUCGGUGCAAACUAUCGUAUCGCCUUGCCCAGACCUCGAUGCCCCGCAGGUCGUUCUCAUUUUAUGGAGGCAUUUUGUACCUUGGACCUGGCGACUACUCGCGGAAUGUAACGGGUCUGAUUCGGAAAUCAUCAUCUUUCUGACAACUACAUGGCUUCAUUGCGCUUUCGACUCAGAUCCUCAGACUACUAUAUCUGCACUGUCGAUCUUUACUGGCGACGAACAUGGUAAAUAUAUGAUCUGUGCAUAUCUUACCUAUUUUUCUCGGCUUUUAGUGUAUCUUUCUUCAGCUCCACGUCCUCGAAAUCUCACCACAGCCCAAACAGAUGUUCUACUAAAGACAUGUCGAUAUUUCGUCCAUUGGAGCGAUUCAGAUUUGUUAGGCAUUCGCAAGUCUAGCGAUUGCUGCAGAUACCUUACUCUUCUCUUCGUUUAUCUUUCGUGCAUUGAAAACGGACACGAUGCUAGCGACUACGUUACACACGCCAUGGCUAGGAUGCAGCCCAGAAGUUUGAGGGACGGUUGGAAGCAGGCGAUACAGGAAUCUUCAACGUUCUAUGAUGAGCUAGAGAAAAGCAUGUCCAAUACUCGGAUACAGCUGCUCGGGGACAAGCCUGACAGGAAUCAUAUUCGCAAAGCGAAACAAUUUCUCGACUUUUUGACGAUCGAAUGUUUUUCGAAUGUCCAGAUUUCGAACCAGAAGUUGAUAAUUGAGUUCCUCGAAGCUACGAUGGAAUAUUUACGUCGUGAAUCCGCAAAAAAGGAACUGCCGAACUUGUCCGCGAGUUUCCUCUUGUGUUUAACGGCAUUCCAGCGCGGACAACCGGGAAUUAGGGUCUGCGAUGCUCCUUUGCUGUCUGAUGCCGAAAGCAUCUGGCAAGUCGCCAUGGACAAUACCACACCCGAAUUAGCUAUGGCUUCUGCAUUUGCUUUGCAUAUAAUAUUAUCUCGCCGACUGCCCGAGUCACUUACCCAAGUAGAGGCCUGGGACUACCUAAGAAAUGUUCUCCUCAUGGUCGGGUCGCAAGACUACUUGGGAGACGAAAGUCCUCUUGCGCUUGUUGUCAAUCCGACGAUAUGCGAUGCUCUCUCCCAGCUCCUGAAGCAUGCAGACGAACAUGCUGUGAUGGUGAUGCAGUCUUCUCCGUGGACGUCGCAUCUCCAAUCGGCGCUGCAGCGGAUUCAAAGUUCAGAUGACUGUCCCAACUUGGAUGACUACUCGUCGUGGCUGAAGAAGAGAAUUUCAAAGCCUGCGACAGAUUUAAUAGACCAGAUUGCACGAACGUCGGACACAGGGGAGUUGCGUCAAGCUACGCCGGCAAUUGAUAUAAUACCAUGUCGCAUCGACGGUCUGUUUCAACUUGUCUGUGUACUUCGUGCGAGUUAGAGCUGGGCCAAAGUUCUAGGCCUGGAUCCCGCCGCAGUAAGAGCCAUUCUCACUCGAUGAGCAUUGUUUGAUAGCAGUCUCGAUGCACCUGGAGCGCACUUGCGAAUAUAAACCAAUCUCCGCCGUUAUUGCCGCCAGGUGAGCCGCGCCGAGAAUAAGGUUGUAAUGAAGAUGCGUGUCAUUGUCUUUGUUGCAACGUUGGACAGGGGUUCCCUGGCCAGGUUUCACGGGUGUUACCGAAUAUUUUGGCAGGUACCUGAAGGGCACGCAUGACCGCUACGUCACCCUGACCUGGACUGCUAAGACCGCUCACAUAUAUUGAACGCAUAUGGUAACGAAU